AUGCGGCCGAACAGGCUUCCAGUCAAGAGGAAGCAUGCCACCAUGGCAUGUGUCUCUUGUCGGGAAAGCAAAGUCAAGUGUGAUGGGUUGGAGCCUGCGUGUUCCACCUGCGUGAACAGAAAUCGGGAAUGCCGUUACCAUGCGAUUGACAAGCGGAAGCUACCACUACGUGUUGCCAUCGAUUUUUUGACUAUGAGAGUGGACCAGCUAUGUCUUUUUAUAACUGAAAAUGGACUACAGCCUCCGCAACUGCCACCAGAGGAAGACCAGGCGUUGAAGAACAUAUUGGAAAGCCUUGGGCUGAAUAACGAGACAAAGUCCACGCCACCGCUCCCGAACGAACCCGAGGCUAAGAAGAAUUGCGAGGUCUUGUCUGUGGAUUCUAAUGGGUGUUUACCAGACUUGCCGCAGAAUUUCGUUGCAGCCACAACUUCUGGGUCAGUAGAUUCAGGCACUGAUACAUUUGCCGAAAGAAACCUAGAGGCAGAUAUUCGCGCCGUAUCCAGCUCCCCGCAAUCCUCUCAGAAUAUGCCUUUCGACUUUUCAUUUAUUGAGACAUCACAAAACAACGGCGAAGGCAGCCCAAGCAGCUUUCUCGGCUCUUGGGACACGGAUCUUAGAUCUUUGAUAUGCGUCAACCCUACAGCAGCUGGUAUGCAAAACCUCUUUGGCUUGUCACAUGGUCCAACUGGUGUUGAACCGGAAGGGUUUGUCAACUUCCUCGACCCAAUAGCGCACGAUGACGAUGAGACGCUCGUGGAGGAACCGGAAACCGCAGAGGAUAUUGAAAGCCUUAUUGACGAGAUUUCCGACCGAGUGGGCACUCUCAGGAUCGGGCCUGGGGGCAAGACGCGUUUCUGUGGCCCAACAUCGACAUUCAAUCUGGCUGGCGUGUUGGAAUCGGAAGAGCCAGCAUCACGAUCCAGCAACGAACUUGGUACGUUGGAGGAACAUGAUCGCUCAUGGUCCGAUCCAGAAAUACCGUCGGAUUUGGAGGAGCAUCUCAUCAAUCUCUAUUUUUGCUGGCAAGAUCCAUUUUGUCAUGUGGUCGAUCGCGAAAUUUAUACGGAAGCCAAAAAGAAAUGGUGGCAAAUGGAGGACACGCCGUUCUACUCGGAAACCCUACGAUAUGCGAUGUGUGCCAUUGGCAGCGCGUUUGAGUCUCGUUUUCAUCCGGCUCUCAUCACAUUUCCAAAGUCUCUGAUAGACUUCCUCGGAGCUCGAGUGAAAUCGCUACUGGAGCUCGAACUUGAUAAUCCUUGCGUGGCAACCGUCCAAGCAUUGGUAAUUAUGAGUCAUCAUGAGAUUGGAAAUGGAAAAGAUACUAGGGGCUGGCUAUUCAGUGGAAUGGCAAUGCGACUCUCCUUUGACCUUGCUCUGCAUCUCGACAUGUCUGAGUAUGUCUCUACAGGGGACAUCACCUCUGCCGGCGCAGAACUUCGUCGAACGGUGUUUUGGGCUGCAUAUACUGUGGAUCAUCAAUUGGGCUUUCAUCUCGGCAGGCCCUCUCGUACCAGCAUGGAGGAUGUGACCGUUCGGAAGCCCCAAGCCCAAGCGGGUCAACCUGGGCAGCACCGGUGGGCGCCAUAUGAAACGCAAGGUUCAUACAAUUCGACGGCUGGCUUGCUAGACUGUACCGAAGCAGUGAGUCAGCAGAUGGUUUCCCUUUGUGAGCUUAUGGCACCAUGUGGGUAUAUAUUAUAUGGCACGUCGAGAAUCUCGAAGCCAGUGCUGCAAGAUCUAAACGCAAAUAUUGUCGCCGAACUACGCAGGUGGAAAUCCAACCUCCCGCCAUUCCUACAGAUCAAUCUUCACGACUACACUUCGCCAUACCUACCGCAUGUAUUGCUACUGCACAUGCAAUACCAUCAGAACAUCAUAUACGCUCAUCGACCAUGGAUGUCCAAAAAGGGCUUACAACCAGACCCGCCCAAAGGACCGGGUUAUCUCCAUGCUCGUGAGAUGUGCAUAAGCUCCGCCAUUGCCAUUUCGAAGAUACUAGUUCUCUAUGAAACACGAUAUACACUGCGCCGCAUCAACGUGAAGGCAGUCUCGAUAACUUCCUCUGCCAUCCUCUUACUUCUUUUCGCCUCCGUGACCAAGUAUCCAGCCCAUUCACAAAGCGACAUCACACGUUCCUUGAGCAGCUGCUUCCGAGCACUGGAUGAGUUUUCGCGCUCCUGGAAGAGUGCUGGGCGCGCCAAAGACCUCCUUGUCAACUUACAGCGACAAUGGGAGCUUCGAGCGAGGUUCAGGAAUGAUAUCAGGGAUCCUAAAAGGGGAAGUUGUUUGCCUCGAAAGCGUUCUCGGGACUCGAAUAAACUCUAUCGAGUGACGCCCACAGAACGAGAAUCGUUCACUCGUCGCAGAUGCGAGCCAGAAAUGGAUUUUCACUCAGAAGCAGAGUCCAGGUGGAUGCCGAUGGAUGAUGCGCGAUUGGUGAUUGAUAAUUGCAGCAAAGGACCCAUCGAUAUUGUGCCCGGCGCUGGCUUUGAUGCACCUCAAAUGUCUUGA